UCAAUUAGCUUAUUGCUGGAGGAGCCCUACUUUAUCUGUAAACAUUUAUUUCUGUAUCUCCAGCUUCUCGUAACAAAGAAUUCAUGACUAAGCACAUAUAAUCCAGAGUGGCAUAACAAACAUCCUGCAAGGCUGCUUGCUUUGGCUUGCAGCUAUCCUGAAAGGCCUCUGGCAUUCCCCUGUGGCUGACCCAGGUGGCACCAGGGCACCAUGCUUACUGCUUUGUUGAUGAAGUGCAAGCAACACGGUGAGAUUGCCUGUGGCCUUCUCACAUGCCUUAUCUCAGCCUUAGUUUGCACUUGAGUGAGGUUACAAGUGACAGCGGCCCCAGCUGAUUGCAGAGCAGGCAUUAGGGCCAGGUGUUCCCCUCUUCUCCACAUCCAUCUCAUGCUUCAUAAAUAUGGCUCAGUCUAUUUAGAGUUGGGGAGGAGUAGUAGGGUUGUUGUACAGGACUGGGAGAAGGGGGACAACUUUCUGCUGGAACCUUCAACUGCUGUAGAUUUUGGGUUGACCAUUUUCCCUGGUCUUAGUGCCAUUUCCUCAGAAAAAUCUGUCAGCAUUUGGGGCACUAGGAAUAAGGGGAAAAAGUCAGUCUUUGAACACCAGAGUAGAGCAUUUCUGUAUGUAGACAACUGAUGCCUGGCAAAACAUGUUCUUUGGUUCAUAUUUUCUGUGUGGUCGGCCAGCCUAUUAACCUCUGAAAAGUCAAUAGUUGUAAACAUGUAAGAAAGAGGGGUUUUGGAAUGUUUUUAACUGUUAACAAUCUCUCUUCAGGGAGUAUGAUCCCAGCCUCUCAUGUUAUGGAUUUUUUCUGGGUGAUUUUGGUGUAAAUAAGACAGCUUCCAGGGUAAAACUAAAGAGAGAAUACAGUCAAGUAGUGAGGAAAAAUGAAGAAAGCUUAGUAAAUUAAUUACCUCACAGCUCCUGAAUAUAAGCUUUUGGCUGUCUGAAAAGCAGUGAACAAGGAUACCAUUUCUAGGUGUACUUUAUCCUUCCCUGUAAUGGUGCUGAUGCAUGCUUCAGAAUCAGAAUUUUGUGAAAUUUUCUGUAAGAAAAUCUUUGGGUUUUGUUCAAACUUAGGGAAAAAGAAGGGCUGGAGUGCUCCAUUUUCCUAUUGGCUCAUGUAGGACUUGCUGUUGGCCAAUUGCCACUGUCCCUCUGGGCACAAUUACCUGGUUGUGACAAGGGGACCAUCCCCCAGAGGAUGCCAGUACUGGCCUAUCUUCCUUUCCCACACAGCCCAUGGGGCUGGAACCACUGAUGUGCUUUACGACAGAAGAUCUCAGAUCAGGUUCAGCCGUUUGAUGGGGCAGCGCCUGCAGGUCACAGGAGGGCUCUGGGGACAGGUGGAUAAAGGGGUGUGACACAGCAUCUGGGGAAACUGGUACCACAUAAACAGGUCCAGUCUGAUUUCUGCCCCUCUGUACUGCACUGUCCCCUAACAUAAGACAGGGCAAUAAUGUUGCAGACCUUUAACCCUCUUCUAGUAAGAAAGAGAUUGUAAACCAAACAAUGGUAAUAAGCACUCUAGCAGUUUACAGUGCUUCAGCAGAUGGGCCUGUUUACCAUCUAUAACUACCUUUUUAUGAGAAGGAGAUAAUGCUUUAUCCAUUAACCUGCAGUACUUUGUCACACUACAUAUAGCUUUUUUUUUUAAAUAAGAACACAGAUAAUUUGUUUUAUUGCUGAAGUGCCUUGCUCAGAUGACCUCAAAUUCAGGUCAUCAGGUUUUCUAGACAGAAGUUUUACAGAAGGCUAGAAGAAAUGUACAGACUGCAGAAGAGGUUAAAUUGGGAGUGCUUAUUCUGAGUUUGGCUGGUAACGCCACUGACCUAGCAUUCCCGUCCUUCUAGAAGGGCGCUCAUUGGAUUUGCACACACACGUCAGUCACAUCUGUAGGAAAAGUAAUUCAAAACCUUCUCUUCCCCACCUCCUGCUGCUUCUUGGAGCUGACGUACGUUAAAUAUUAACAACCUUUGUUCAUCGGUUCCCUGCUUCACUUGGCUUAUUUUAACAGCAGAUGUUAUUACACCAAGCCAUCUCCCUUCUCUUCCCGCUCAUCAACAGCAUCCACUGUGAAACCCAAGAGCCUGCUCUGGUAACCCUGCCUACAGCACCUGCCACUACUUCCUGGCAUCGCCAAUGCUGCCUGCCUUUGACAUCCACAAGUGGCUUGUGCUGUGAGCCAGGAGCUGCGGGGAGACACUGGUUACAAGACAGGAGAGCAGCCAGGGACAAAGAGGAGGAAGUGGUGAGGAUGGCCAGCAACUCCAGUGCAUUGCCCCGGGUGACUUUUCAGACUCCAGAGAAACCUGGGGAAGAAUCAUCACACAGGAAACUGGGCAAGCUAACCAUAAAGUACAACCGCAAAGACCUACAGCGUUGGCUAGACCUGGAGGAGUGGAUCAAUGCCCGGCUGCAGGAGCUGUAUCAGUACCCGCUAAGAGAGAAAACAGAUGCCGAAGUUACUGGACCAGUAAUUGACCUUGAAGAUCUCCUGGAAGUCCCUAAUGAAGAACAGAAAUUAAAACUACAGGAAAUCCUCCAUGAGUGCUCCAGCCCAACAGAGGACUUUAUUACGGAAUUGCUCAGUCGACUGAAAGGUCUCCGGAGAAUCACCAAUCCUCAGAAGAGGUUACCUCACCCAUAAGGGACAUCCAGCUUUGGUCACAAGGAAAAAUGCAUCUUUCCCAUAAAAAAAAAAAAA